AUGAUCUUGACAGAAUAUGACAUACAAUACACUACUCAGAAGGCCAUUAAGAGUAGUGUGAUUGCUGAUUAUCUCGCGCAUCAACCUGUGGACGAUUACCAGUCUAUGUACUUUGAGUUUCCGGAUGAGGAUAUAAUGUGUGUGGCAGAGACUUCCAAAUGUCAAGAUCAAGAGGAGGGACCUGAACCAGGGGCGCGAUGGACGCUCGUGUUCGAUGGUGCCUUGAAAGCAUUGGGUAAUGGUAUUGGGGCUGUGCUCACUUCUCCAACAGUUUAUGGAGAUUCUGCUUUGGUAAUUAGUCAAAUCAACGGAGAUUGGGAAACACGCCACCCCAAUUUGAUUCCCUAUAGAGAACAUGUGGUGAAACUGGCUCAAUACUUUGAUGAGAUUACCUUUGAUCACAUCCCUCGAGAGGAAAAUCAUUUGGCUGAUGCUUUGGCCACUUUAGCAUCCAUGUUCAAAGUCAAAUGGGACAAUGAAGCGCCGUCAAUUGUGAUCAAAAGGUUGGAUGAACCUGCAUUCUGUGGCGUCAUUGAUAAUGUGCCUAAUGAGAAACCAUGGUUUUAUGACAUUAAGAAAUUUCUGGAAACCCAAGAGUAUCCUGAGGGCGCUUCCCUUACAGAUAGGAAAACUUUGAAGAGACUGUCUGCCAAGUUCUUCAUUGCUGGAGGAAUCUCCGAUCAUUCAGCACGGUCGGAUGCCAGUACCUACGCUUCAGAAAGUAUCAACCAAAUAUCUCUGUCGAUAUGGAACCCAAAGGUCUCCUUUCCCGCAAAUACCAGAGUUUAUUUCUCUGAGGAACUCUCUUCCAAGGUUCAAAUGCUCCCCGGUGUUGAUUAG